AUGGCGGCUCUUGAGAGUAUAGUACACAAAGAAUUCAUAAAAGAUUUGGUGCAGAAAAGGUACACUCAUAAACAAAUAGGCGACUACAUUAAGUCUUUGAUGCCAGGGAAAAGAGGAAUUUCUCCCAGGAGCGUUGAAAGAUACUGUGCAGCUCACAAUAUACACUAUCGCGAUAAGAACAUAAACAGAAAAGAUGUCGACUCUAUCGUUGCUGAAGCAGUGCAGGAGGGAGAAAUGAACUUGUCACAAGAAAAUUGCCCCGAAGACUUUGAUGUCMGWUACUCYCGAGUAUCUGAACGUAGCUCCUAUAGGGUYAGAWCCCMUGAUGGAAAGCAAUUCACAGCUCGGUUGUCACAUGAAAGUCAUGGCGAUGUUCAAGGAUUUGAUGACUUGGACAUCCAUCUCCUUAUUGAUAAUUGUUCUUCUAUGACUUCAAAACAAGUAAUUGAACAAGUACCACAUCUGCUAAAUUGCGCAAGAAAUUUUGCAAGGGAAUUUGGAAAUAAAUCAGGAGAGAAAUUCAACCCUUCGGAAGACAGCACCAUAGGUGCAGAACUGCAGCGAUCACURUCCAAGGCAGAAGAUGACGACUGGCAUAAAACCAACACUGACGAACACACAGUUUACAAUCAAUACGCCAAAACCAUUGCCUUAGAAUGUGGAGUAGACGUCGAUUCGGAUGAGUUCAACACUCUCUUGGACUAUUUGCACGAYUUGAAAGUGAUCAUMUAYUUCCCCGAAACCAAUAUGAUMAUCAUCGACACACAAUGGCUACUUGACAUGUUUGCCAAAGUGAUAACUGUUCAACCCAUCGAAUGUCAUCAUAAGRAGUAUGAAAGUGAAUGGAGGAAACUAGAAGAGCAUGGUAUAAUCAGCGUCAACUUUCUCAAACAUUUAUGGCGUGACCUGCUCGAUGACCAUUCAUCAUUCCAGUCGUUAAUUGACAUCAUGGAAAAAUUCUCACUCAUCUGCAAUUGGAAGCAAUUAGAUGGAGGCACGAGUUAUCUUGUUCCAGCUAUGUUAAUGAACACAAGUGAAGAAAAAGCCAAUGCUUUAGUAGCAGAUAACUUGGCUCCGCCAUUAGUCAUAAGAUUUGAUUGCUCRCAUUUGCCUUUCGCCAUUUUCCCACGACUCUUAGUUCUCGUCGAAAAGAUGUGCAACUCAAAAUGGCCGUGUUCGUCUCCACCUCAUCUCUCCAAAAACUUUGCAAGAUUUUAUAUUGUUGAUGACAAGUGUGCGUUCAGCCUGGUCUUAAAAUCCGAUUUGCAAACAAUCAGAGUUGCACUGUUCAACGACAAAACAAAAAGCAAUAAUAGAAAUGGCUUUUUCAUCAACCUGUGCAAAUGGCUAACGGAGUUUCUCGAGAGAACACUUCAGAAAAUGAUUGAGUCAUUCCCUUGGAUGAGAAGGUUGGAGCUUGAAUUUGGCAUCUGUUGUCCAGUUUGUAAAGACGUGGCACCUUGUAAAAAGCACAGCAAGAGAGCCUGUCCUCGAGACUCGUGUUUUCACUUUGUUUCCAAACGAGAACUGUUGAGCACAACUCAAACGCGUUGCAGCAGGAACCCUACAAAACUAAACAACGAAAUUCCAGAUUCCAGCUUCUCGCACUGGUUUAACAAAAAAGACAAUAAUACUGUUGAAGUGAAGAAAGCACACGAGCAGCUUCAAGCCCUUUGUUUACCUUCAGAAGAUGACGCUGUGUGCAAGGAAGUCAUUGCUGCUUUCAAUGAAAUCUCCCUGAAGACUAUUUCACAGGACGAGGUGGCUAGAACAGCUAAGAGAAUCGCUGGUACAUNAUAA